AUGUGGUCCUCUCACAAACCCAAACUCAGUGGACUUCGACAUUCUGUCAAAUCUAAAAUGGGUACUCCAUCCUCAUUACCCACAAACCCUAACCCCAACCCCAGUCCGCCAUUACCUCAGUCCCCACCACCACAAACGCCGCCAUUACCACAAUCACCACCACCUCAGUCACCGCCCCCGCCUCCAAGUCAAAUACCACCUCUCAUUCCGCCGACUCCCCUCUCGCCGCAAUCCGAGCCGCCAAAUGAAACACCAAUUACCGACACCCAUUCCCCAGAACCAACGCCAGAACCUGUGCCUACUCGAACAAAAACAAAAGGCAAAACAAAAAGAGCCGCAGAUACUAUAGAGGAGGUAAUUUCUCCAUUACCUUGGGCUUUUAGGGAUAUGGAUAUGAAAAAGGCAUAUGAGAAAUUACUUUCUAAAAAUAUUUUGGCAAACAAGUAUAUGGAUGAGCAGAUUUUGAACGAAUUAGGCAUUUAUGAUUCUGUCUUUGCCUAUUUGGAUGUUGUUAGCUGGAUUGAUUUUGCUAAAAUUAGGGAACCAGUGUACAAGGAUCUAACCCUCGAAUUUUUGAGUUCCCUAAAGUUGAGUUUCAAACCAACAGUGCCUGAACAUAAAGAUAUGAUAUAUUUUCGAUGUGCUGGAAUUGAUAGGGAGUUAGACAUGGGUGCUUUGAAUGCCAUUUUUGGUUUUCAGGAUUCGGGGUAUAAAAACAUUGAGUGGCAAAGAAACUGUUUAUGA